CCGGCGGUCAACCCGGCGCGGGGGCCGCGCGGUGCGCCUCGCGGAGGUGAGGUGGGGCGGGCCGGUGGGUCGCGGGCUGCCGCAGGGAGUCGGCCGGGGCCGGGCGCGGCCUCCGAGGCGGCGCGACCCCUUUCCCCCGGGGCCGGGCGGGAAGGGCCUCUGCGGGUCCCCGCUUGCGUACCGCCCCGCCCCUGAGGCCUCAGUUUACCCCCGCCGCGGGCCGCCUGCGCCAAUGCGAGGACGCGCAGGGCGGGCGAGGGAACGGAACGCCGCGGGAGGAAGGGCCCAGGGUCCCCCGGGGUCCUCCCGCCCCGGCCUCGGGGCCUGGUCCGGGGCCCGGUGUCGCCACCGUGGACAGCUCACUGGACCCGUGCUCUGGCGCUUGGCGCGGCCGAGGCGCGCGCGGACAGAUCAGCAAGGACAGCUCCUCCGCAGCCUGGCCUCGGGUCCGGUGGGGACAGCGGGAGAGUGCCCAGCAGCCUCCCGGGUGGCGCACUCAGUCUGCCCCGUGCAGGUGCCUUUGUCGCUUCCUCUGGAAGAAUGAGCGGGAGACGGGACCGUUUUGUUCCCUGCAAGAGUAACUAAAGCCCGUGCCAGUGGAGGAAUUAUAAAGGAUUUCUAAAUGCAGAGCAAGAAAAAGGCACAUUGAAAUGAAUUCAGUUGUGACUGGAGAUGAUCCGUUUUUCAUCUAGUUUUCUUGAGAAGCUCAGCAAUAACUAACUAGUAGCAGGAUUGUCCUACAGAUCCUUUUUAGCCAGCUUUUUCCUUGCCUGGCUGAAAAUACUGAUGUGGCAAGGUGAUGGGCUACAUACAGUAUCUAGGAGAAAGGAGGUGUGAACCCAUUUAAAUAGGACCUUUCGAUGAGGCUCCUUCAGUUAAGGUGUGGCCACCUCAGUCAGAUGGGUCUUCAUCCUCUUACUGGAGUCCUUUAUGAGAGAAUGAAAUUCAGCCAGAGAGAGAAAAUCAGGAAAGCAAGAAGCUGAGAUCAGCAACACCUGGAAGAUAAGGACGAGGCCAGCAGACACCUCCUGUUUGCCUUGCCGUGUGGCAGAAGAGGUUGGGCUCACCGGCAGCCGGUCUGUGGGAAGAGAGCACCGCCUUGAUGACGGUGCCUUGAUGUGAAUGUUUUCUCAGCCUCAAAACUAAGCCAUUUAAGCCGAACCAUUUCAUGGUAUUCGCUGAAGCAGCCUCUAGGAACAAACAAUGGAAGAAAGAAUUUAUUAUUCUGGGUCGUCUCCAAGGGCAGAAGUAGGGCCAGUGGGUAGAAAUUACCGAGUUGCAGCAUUAUGAAGAGCUUUCUAACUACCAGAGCUGUGUAAUAUCCCAGUGUUACUGAUCAAGCAAGAAGAACCAUCAUUGGGCUAUUGUAGACUGGGUGCUUGCAUUCAGGUAGAUUUCUAAGAUGACUUCUAAGGUUCCUUACAACUUUGAGUUUCUGAGGGGCUAGUUCAAAAUAAAUUUUAGUCUUUGUGAUACAAAAGAGUACAAAUAACUCAGCAAACUUUUUUUAAAUAGCCAUGUUUCCAAUGGGCUUUAGAUGUUGGGGACCCAGAGAUUAAAAAGACAUGAAAUAGACUCAAGGGACUAAGUGGUCAUUUCAGUUCAGCAGAUGUGUGAUGAUCGCAACCUCCCACCAGCCCCUUUCCUUCUGGAGAGACUGAAAGAUGAAUGAAUCAUGUCUCCUCUCCCUGACUCGUGAGGUAGACAUGUUUCUUUACUCCGCAGCGGUGGAGCAUGGUGUGGGGUCAGGGAAGCCUUCACAGAGUGAGGACUCGUCCUAAUCACGUGCGUGCUGGGCCACCUCCAGCAAGCCAGGAGCCUUCUCUGGGACACGGUUCAUAACUCCCCAUCCACAAAACAGACCAGCGCUGGAUCCUUGACUGCUCCGAAUUCCAUGAUUCCAAAAUGGUGAUAGCUGUUUUCUUCCAAAUAUGUUUUAAGAAAAUAGCCCCAAUAUAUGAAAAGUCAUAUAUGAGUACCAUGGCUACGGGAGUCUUGCCACAAAAUGAGCAGCCAUAUUCGACUUUGGGGAAAAACAGUGGGUAUGCCGCAAGCCUGAAAGGAAAUUCGGGACGCCCAGCUCCAAAGUACACGAGGGUGGGAGAGCGUUUGCGACAUGUCAUUCCUGGGCCGGUGGCAUGCUCCGUGGCCUGCGGCGGCCGGGCCUGCAAGUACGAGAACCCGGCUCGCUGGAGCGAGCGGGAGCAAGCCGUCCCGGGGCUGUACUCAUCCUGGGUGACGGACCACAUCCUCGCCAUGGCGCGUCCAUCCACUGAGCUCAUUGAAAAGUACCACAUCAUCGAGCAGUUCAAAAGCUGUGCCAUAAAAACAGUAAUUAACCUUCAGCGUCCUGGUGAGCACGCUAGCUGUGGGAAACCCCUGGAACAAGAAAGCGGCUUCACUUACCUUCCCGAAGCUUUCAUGGAGGCUGGCAUUUACUUCUACAAUUUCGGGUGGAAGGAUUAUGGCGUAGCAUCUCUCACUACCAUCCUAGAUAUGGUGAAGGUGAUGACUUUUGCCUUACAGGAAGGAAGAGUUGCUAUCCACUGUCAUGCAGGGCUUGGUCGAACAGGUGUUUUAAUAGCAUGUUAUUUAGUUUUUGCAACAAGAAUGACCGCUGACCAAGCAAUUUUAUUUGUUCGGGCCAAGCGACCCAAUUCCAUACAAACGAGAGGACAGCUACUGUGUGUCAGGGAAUUUACACAGUUUCUGAUUCCUCUUCGCAAUGUAUUUCCUUGCUGUGAUCCCAAAGCACAUGCCAUCACCUUAGCUCAGUAUUUAAUUCGUCAGCGUCAUCUGCUUCAUGGCUAUGAGGCACGACUUCUGAAACAUGUGCCAAAAAUCAUCCACCUGGUUUGCAAAUUGUUGCUGGACUUAGCUGAGAACAGGCCAGUGGUGAAGGAGGAAGCAUUAAAAGUUCCUGAUCUUUCUGCCGAAAUCGAAAAGACAGUGUUUGAGAUGGUCACAGUGCGCCUGGAUAAAGAGCUGAUGAGGCGGGAUAGCAAUGCCGCAGACCCUUUUACCCCCACUGCAGUGGCCAUGGCUCUUGACAAUCAGGGUGUCAUUCUCUCCAGCGAGCAAGAACUGGACCCCCUUUGGAAGAGGAGGAAUGUUGAAUGCCUUCAGCCACUCACUCGUUUGAAAAGGCGGCUCAGCUACAGCGACUCGGAUUUAAAGAGAGCUGAGUUACUUCUGAAGCAGGGAGAGACACCAUGGACGGUGCCUGCCCAAGCCUUGCUCUGCCCUAACCUCAAGCAGCAGAAGACUAUAAGCCACUGUUAUGUCCCACGGUCGCCACAGCCAGAAUCAAAUAAAGAACCUCUGGUACAUGAUGUGUUUUCUUUCUGGAAUCAGACCAGGUUUGGAGACUUGGAAGGACUCAAGGAUAAUGGAUCGCCACUUUACAGUAGGAGGAAUAUUCCAAAGGAAGUACAGCGAAGUAGGACCUUUUCCUCAGGUGUUUCGGGUUUAUACAACCCUGGUGAGCCAGUCACACCCACCUUAGCAAACACCCAAAAGGAGCCAGACCACUGCCACCAGCAGGUGGACUGCCAUGAGUGCAGAACCCGCGGCCGUGGGGGCCAGGAGGUCCUCAUGGAGGACGGCGGAACCUGCUCCCGCCCUCUGGACUGUGCCUUCACUCCUAACGCACAAUUCCCUGCUGGACCGGAAAACCACGAGAGCAGAAAUCCACCCAAAGGAGCACCUCGCACUGCUCUGCAAUCCAAAAUGAGUGUUGAAGCAAGGAGGAUCCUGGCAGCCAAAGCCCUGGCAAAUUUAGAUGAGUUUGUAGAAAAGGAGGAUGUGGAAAAGAAGGUAGAAAUGUGGCAGAAAGAACUAAAUUCCCGUGAUGGGGCUUGGGAAAGAAUAUGCGACGAAAAAGACCCUUUCACCUUGUGCAGUUUGAUGUGGUCCUGGGUGGAGCAGCUGAAGGAGCCUGUGAUAACCAAAGAAGACAUCGACAUGCUGGUUUGCAGGCAUGCAGAUGCUGCAGAAGCACUGUUUUUAUUAGAAAAGGGACAGCACCAGACUAUUCUUUGCAUUUUGCAUUGCUUUGUGAGUCUGCAGGCGAUUCCUGCGGACGUGGAGGAAGCUUUCCUUGGCCACGCCAUUAAAGCUUUCACCAAGGUUAAUUUUGAUUCUGAAAACGGACCAGUAGUUUACAAUACCCUGAAGAAAAUAUUUAAACACACACUGGAAGAAAAAAGAAAAACGACGGGCAACAGCGCUAAGCCUGACCCUGGGUGGCGCUGACUUCCAUUGCUGGUGCCGUCCCCACUGAAGGCCCGAUGACACCAGUGCCUGCUGGAGGGGCUGCUCUCCUGCCGCACUUGACUCGGAGUGCAUCGGCUUGUUCUGGGGAUGAUUCUUCCUGUUUGGAGCCAUUAUUUAUUUUUAAAUAUGCUUGAGCUACAUUUUUUGAGUUGAAAAACUGCCAUAAAGUUGGUGUCACUAUAUUUUAUUUAUUUAACUGAGUUGAUGCUGUUGUAUUAACAUUUUAAGUACGUGGUGUUUACAUCCUUGCUCUUGUGACAUUUGGAAAAAGUUGUAACUCUUCUUUCCAAAACACUUAUUUUGUUGAGGGUUCUCUUCCUGAAGAGUUAGUACCAAAUAGGUAAUUUUAAUUGUAAAACCUCAGUGUAUCCAUUCCCCUUGAUGUACCUAAAGAAGCCACCAAGUGUCUUAAAAUGUUUUCUAUUUGUUACUGAUAAGGUUACUGAUGCAUUUUUAAAGGUUUCUUUUUUAUGUUGGAGAUUUUUUUCUUUUUAUAAAUGUUGCAGACAGUUUCAAAUUGUAUUUUUCAAAGUGAUUUAAUUUUAUUUGAAAGACUUGAAUGUGUGGAAUGGCUGGUUUUGUUGUUUGUUUUUACCUUGUAGAAGGAUUUGCUCUCUGGGUCGGGGUUCCAGGGAACUUCCAUGCCCUUUGCUUUUCCUAGGCGGCAGGGGCCAUUCCCAGCACACCAGACCUUCCCUCCUCGGCUGUGUGGGGCGCGGGACGGCGGACCCCGAGGUUACCUUCAGCCUCCUGGCAUCAGAUAGGAAGGGGGGGCCACCUAAAGCCAUAGCUAUGGUUUAAAUGAAUAUCUGAACCAAGCCACAGAGAGGAAAGUCGUUUUUCCUAAAAAAGAUAUUAUUCUAACCAGUUUCAAAGGAAAGAAGCUAAUACUUAAUCUAAAGGACAGAAUUUCAGGGGAAGCAAGACUACUUUAGAACAAAUGAAAUUUCUCUAACUCCUACAUUUCUAAAUCAGGCUUUAGCACAUCAUAAGUAUUUUAGUCAUUAUUAAUCUUACUAACUAUGAUGGCAAAUGCAAAAUGCAGUUUUCUCACACAGUUUGAAUUUUCUGAGGAAAUCUAAUCCAAUGAAUUUUACAGAACUGGAUUGUCCAUUCCUGAAAUUUCUCAUUUUCAAGUGCCUGAUCUGGGAAAGGGGGAAAAACAAUUAUUUUUUUGUCCAAAAGUACAUUAUAAAAAUAUAUUUUUUACCAAAACAAAUGCUAGGCCUUGUCUCAGUAGAUUUGGUGUAGGCAGGUGACAGCCAUGGCUUAUUUGACAAAUAUUAUUUUCUUGUGCACCUGAAACAUUCAUUUCAAACUAAAGAACAAAUACUACACAGUUAUGGUAUGAUGUGGGAGUUCUGUCUAAAAAUCUAAGUAAACCAGCCAUGAAAAAGAGAGAACACUGGGGAAGAUUAAUCAGACUGUAAGUAAGUAUUGUAUUCAUUUGAAUAAAAGUAAAAAGAACAA